AUGAGCGUCUCUCAGAGUCCCGCUGGCUCUGAUGGCUCCGUUGUCAUCAUCGGAGCAGGCACUCAAGGUCGACGUCUGGCGUUCAUGUGGUCACGACGCGGCGGUGCGGUCUGUCUGGUCGAUCUCCAGAAACAGCAAUUAGAAGACGGCUUGAAAUACGUGAAGCAGUUGCGGAGCGCUGCACUGGAUCAGGAGUUCAAUUGGGGCGAGGUGAAGGUAGCCCAACCGGAUGCUCUCGAAACGAUUCUCCAGGACGCUUGGUUGGUGGUAGAGUGUGUGCCUGAAAACUGGGCCUUGAAGCAGAAAGUCAUUGCUCAGCUGGAUCACUGGGCACCCGCGCAUACCAUCAUCGCCUCCAACUCAAGCAGUUAUGGGAUCUCAGAAAUUAUUGAUGGCUUGGAACUGAAGCACAGAAACAGGACACUGAGUGCGCAUUGCUGUAAGACUCUUGCACAGUGCCUAUGGGCUUGGGAUGAACAGAUUGCUAACCCAGAUCCUGCAGACUGGCCGCCCGAGACAUCCGCAAUCGAGAUUAUGGGUCACCGAGACACCGAUCCCAGCGCAAUUUCAUUAUUGAUUGAGCAAAGCAGAGAUCAUGGUUUCUCUCCGUUUCACGUAAAAAAAGACUCCAUUGGGUACAUCUACAACCGAAUUUGGGCCGCUAUCAAGCGUGAGACUCUACUGGUCCUGUCUGAGGGCGUCUGCACACCGAGAGAGGUCGAUGCGAUUUUCAAGGACGUUUUAAAGACCCCCAAAGGGCCCUGCGAGCAAAUGGACGUGGUGGGCCUCGAUGUGGUGUUGGAUAUUGAGAACCACUACGCAGACUCCCGCGUAGGGAUCCCAUCCGAGCCAAGGAUUUACCUCCAAACGAUGAUUGAGAGUGGUCGUCUCGGGGUCAAGAAUGGGAGUGGCUUUUAUGAAUAUGGCAAUGAAUUUGCCGAGACGAGUCAUGUCAUGAAUACCGCGAAUCUUUGA